AUGGCGUGCUACCUGGUCAUCAGCUCCCGGCACCUCAGCAACGGCCACUACCGCGGCAUCAAGGGCGUCUUCAGGGGACCGCUCCGCAAGAAGGGCGCCCGCUCGCCGGACUAUGCUGAGAAGGAGAAAGCUGCAGCCAAGGCUCUGGAGGAUGUGAAGGCUAACUUCUACUGUGAACUGUGUGACAAGCAGUACCACAAACACCAAGAAUUUGACAACCACAUCAAUUCUUAUGACCAUGCUCACAAGCAGAGAUUAAAAGACUUGAAACAAAGGGAAUUUGCUCGAAAUGUGGCUUCAAAGUCAUGGAAAGAUGAGAAGAAACAGGAAAAAGCACUCAAGCGGCUCCACCAGCUCGCAGAGUUACGGAAACAGUCAGAAUGCAUCACUGGAAGUGGACCAAUGCUUAAAGCCCCCAGAUUAGUCAUGGAAAAGAAGCAGUCGCCAGAUGGAGUUUUCCUAUACAAGGGUGGCAUGGUCACAGCUGGUUCUCAAAGCACCACUGCAAGUGAAGGACAAGGUUUCUCCAGCAGUAUACUAGAGAAACAGCAUCUUAUCAUAAGCAGGCACCAUUCACCUACUAAAAGAUGCCACGUGCUUCAAAAUCAAGUCUCACAAGUGUUCCCAGAUAGCACCAAUGCUUCUCAAAGGGCAGGGGUGUCUUUCUCAUUUUCUAAAAAAGUCCCUUUGAAGCUUGAGUCCUCAGCAUCAGUCUUCAGUGAGAACUCUGAAGAAGGAAAUGAUUGUAGUGAAUCCCCCAACCAUAAAACAAAGCAAGUUCUUGAGGGCUGUCGUUCUGGCACACUUUUGGAAGAGGAUAUAAAAACAGGCCUGGACAAAGGACCACCUAUUCCACAAGACCAAAUGGAUUUGGAUAAUGGUGCAUCAAGUCAUGGAGCUGUGAAACUUAAAAUGCUAAAAGAAAAUGAUAGAAGUAGUGAUAGAGAAAUAGAAGAAAAGGUCAGUGUUCAUUCUUCAUUUUCCAAAAUCAAAAUACAGCUUUCAAAUUUGGAUUUUUCAGGUUCACUUAGAGAAACAGAUCAAGAGAGUAAACUGAGUGAGUCUGAGCAAUUGUUGGAAACUCUCAUUUCACCUUCAUGCCAAGCUAACAGUUUUUGCAUACAGCCAAACACCUACAAGCACAGCAAUGCACAACUGUCUGACAAGUUACCUGAGCUCCCACAACAGCCAGUGCCUGAGCUGACAUUUUCAAGCAACAUUAAUGACAGUCCUGGGGUAGUAAAGAGGGAAAGAUAUUUGGAGGUUUCAGAAACCACAAAUGGAAAUACAGAAUCGCUUUCUAGGGAGACUGUGGUUAAAGAGGCUAAGCCCCAGGAACUGCCUUUCCUCCAUGUAGUGAGCAAAGAUGGCAGCACUGCUCUGCAGUGGCCCACAGAAUUACUUUUGUUUACAAAAACUGAGCCCUGUAUUUCAUAUGGCUGUAAUCCAUUGUAUUUUGACUUCAGACUCUCUUUAAAUCACAGAGAUGGUAAACAGCAUGAAACAAACAAAGAAGGCUGUAAAGACUACUCUAUAAAUAAGACUGCAGAUGAAAAUGAAGCCUCAGGUUUAAUAAAACACAAGCAAAUGUCAAAUGAACAAGAUAAUCAGUUCUUGAAACCAAAGAAGAUGAAAGGUUCCCUAAAUCCAAGAAAGGCCAAGCAAAAAGCUGAGUCAGACAUAGGGAAAGAAAUGAACAAAAAUGGUCGAAAAUAUAUUUCAGAUUAUUUGAAUGAAAAUAUACCCAAAGUGCCUGCUUACCUUGAUGUCUCACAAAAGGAUUAUAUGACAGAAAAAGGUCUUCAUACAACACCACAGAAAAGAUCUUUAAAGCAUCAUUUCCAUAGCUGUGAAAGAAAAAAACAGAGCAUUAGAAAUGAAAGCAUUUCCUUUUCUGCUUUUAUGUCUAGGAUUAAAAAGACUAAAGCUGCAAAAUGUCAUUUAAUUUAUUCUGAAGAAACUCAUGAAAACCAAAAUGACUGCAGAUCCAUUCAAGAUGUGGCCAGCUGCAGCAGUGACAUAAGUGACAGUGGAAAAUAUUCUAGUGGAAGUUUCCUUAGUUAUAAAUCUGGUUCGAACAGCAGGUAUUCAGAAAAUGAAGAAAGUGGAAGUUUUACAAGAUGCUGGAGAUUUCCAUCUCCUGAAAAGUCCUCCUCUGACAGACAUUCCAGCUAUUCUGACACUUCCGUUAGCAGUACAAGUAGCUACAUGAGCAGUUCCUCUAGUCCCACAUCAAACAAUCACAGCAGAAAUCAUUUGCUUUGUUGUUGCAAAAGGAAAAGCAAGACAGCUGAAAGGCACAAAUGUAAACACAGAAAGCACAACUGUAUUUUUACUUCUGAUGAUGCAUAUGAUAAUUAUCUUUGCCAUGUUAGAAGUCACAGAAGUAGAAACUGCACACAGAGGGGCACAAUUAAAUAUCAAAGAUGUUCAAGACAUAAAGUUUUACACCACAGAGAUAGAUUUAAACACAGCAGAUGUAGACACCAGCAUUUUGGCAGAGUGAAUAGUAGAAGUAGAAGCUACAAUGGCUCCAAAAGUUCUUCCACCACAGAAUCAAGAAGCAGCGAGAGCUCAUCUAGCAGCAGAGUAUCAAGAGGUAGUAGUGCAGGGUCCUUCUCAAAAGAGACUGAUAACUGUGAGAAUAAAACAAAAGAGGAUGCAGAAAGAGAUUCUAACACCAAAAGAGGAAAUGAUGGAACUACACAUUAUGAAUCUCUGAAUGUAAACAGCCAGACGAAAAACUUUGCUACCUGCUCUUCUGAAACAUUGGUAAAAGACAUAUGUGGAAAAAGAAAGUCACUGACAGCCAAGUUAUUGUUGGAAAGAGUGCAGUCCAAGAAAACCCAAGAACAAAUGCAUGAUUCAGAAAGAUUUUCAAACAUUUGUGGUAUGGAAUUAAAGGAUCUUUCACAAAGUCACUUUGCGGUUCAGUUUUCAUCAUCGGUAGGUGAUACAGCAAUGAUACCUUUGCCAGAGAAACUGCUAAGCACAGGUAAAAAUGACAUAGGGCAAAAUGAAAGUCCAUUGGAAGGCAGUGUGAAAAGAAACAAAUCUGAAGCUUCAGAGAUAACCAAUGUUGCUCGUUCAACAGGGACUGAUUAUGAUCAUUGUCUUUUUAAAGACAUCAUUCAAAUAGGAACAGGCUAUCAGAGCCCAAGCGUAAAAAGGAGCACAGCAAUAAAGGAACAAUCCAAUCUCUUCAUUAAUGAAGUACAACCCUUUAUACAAAGCUGUGACCCAGUACCAAAUGAUUUCCCUGGUGCUUUUUCCUCUAAAAGAUAUUCUGUUGUUGCUAAUUCAACAGAGACCAAAGAAGAACUACACGAUGUAAACAUGGACUUGAACCAGGCAGAAGGCAGUUCAGACUCUCUUUGUGACAAUGCUAUGCAGAACUACAAUGACACAGUAAAUGAACUAGAAGUGUACACUAAAUCCAUCUCCCCUCCUUUAACACAGCAGCCUAUAACAUUCUCACCAGAAGAAGUAGACAAAUAUAGGUUGCUGCAGCUGCAAGCCCAGCAGCAUAUGCAGAAACAACUUCUGGCAAAACACCUGAAAGUUUUGCCUGCCCCAGGACCAGCUGCCUUCUCUGCAACACCAGCAGUUCCCACCAUCCCUGUUCAGCAGCAUGCUACUGUCACCACCAUCCACCAUACACUGCUGCAACGCUUUGCUGUCUCAGCAUCUGUACAUCCCCAUGGCAGCCAUCUUUCCCUGGCACACCUCCAUCCCCUCUCUCAGGCACAUUUCACCCCUAUAUCACUUUCUCCAUUAGCACCAACCCUCAUUCCUGCCCACCCUGCUCUGCUGGCAGGACACCCGUUGCACUUGGUCUCCACCACCCCUACUCACCCUUCCCCACUGAACUUCCCCAUACUGCCACAUGCUGCGUACAUCCCAGCCUUAUUUACACCACACCUGAAUGCAGCCACACCUCCUGCUAUACAUCCAAAUCCCAUUGUUCAUCCGUUAUUCCAAGGUCAAGAUUCCCAUCAUCAUUCUUGCUCUAGCCAGACCCAACAGUUACCUACAAUAAAAGAAAUUUUUGGUGUUUCUAGUUAUUUAAACUAGCCCAAAAAAUUGCACCAUGGCUCCAGAAACAAAUUUAAAGAAAAAAGAUAUCCAGUGUUCAAUCACAUAUCCGAGGGGAAAUCUACUGUUUUGCUGUACAAAAUGGCAAAUAUUUUAAAGUACAAGUGUUGUCUGACUGCAUAUGAAUGUUGAUUAGUUUCUCAUAUCAUAGGAUAGAAGCAGUUUUAAAGCCUGUCCUGAUACCAUCACAAGAAAUACAGGGUCCAGCUAAUGUCAUGUUGCAGAAAGUUUAGAAAGAACAGCCUGAAGUGAAGCCUGUGACUGUCUGUAGGAAGAGGACCACAGCACUCAGGCACAACAGGACAAAGAACGUCAACAAUGACAGGUGAUUUAAAGUAACACAAUUUAAGGUAGUGCAAUCUUGACACACCUCAAAAGCUUGCUUUUAUGAGCAUGUAAACGUAAUGCUUGAUCUGUGUAAAGCCUUUCAGAAUGAGCCAAAAAGAUAAACCUUGGGACCACAAGUACCUUGUUCUGUUUCCCAGCCAUAAUUUGGAGAGCCUCAUAGUGGUAGGCGAUGAGUUGAUAUUGGAAGAACAGGGUCAUCACAACAUCUCAAAGUUACUUCAGUGAUUUUAUCACUGGGAUAUGUUGCUCGGACUGUGUAAAGGGACUAUAGUCUGGCCACAAAUACAUAACAAAAAUACCCCCUUAUUGUAGGGGGUUCUUUGCUGGCACAGACUGCUAAAUUUUCCCCCCAGCCAAGCUUCCGAGAAGGCAGGAGAAGGAAAGUGAUGAAACCAAGCUCUUUGGCAUUACCUGCUGUGGCUAUGUCAGGGGUGGGGUGCAGCAGCCCAGAGUUGCAAUUCAGAUAGUGCAGGCCUUGAACCUUGGAGGUCACUGGCCCACAAGGUAACUCUUCUUCCUUGCCAACAAAGCUCUGACGUGUUGGGGAGAGUCUUGCCCAAAGUACAUGCAAAUAUAUUUCACCCCUUUCACAAAUAACAUAAACAACUGGCUGGUUUUAUAAAGUCAUGAUGAAAUUCAUAAAAAUACGGAAGUAGAAUUCUGAGCAGAAACUGGCUUUCCAGGUCAUGUCUCAUGAACAACCAUGUCACAGUUCUCAUAAGUACAAGGUGUACUGAAUCUAAGCAAACAUGCCAAGUCUCUAGCAUGGCUUCCCAAACUGAACUUGCAAACUGAAGUCUUGCAUCUAUCUAACUUUCAGGGCAACGUGUACUUGAAAUCUCUAAAAAUAAGUGUGUUUCUGAAAAUAGGUGAGGGCUUCGGCAUCUUUUUGAAUGGUAUACUUUGGAUAUUUUUAUAAUAUUACUAACUCGACAUGGGAUAUUUAGCAAGAAAUUAAGAUCAUAAUUGUGGCUAGACUACAGGCCUGCCUCCCAAUAUAAUUGGACAGUGAAGUGUCUGACAGACAAUACCUGUUUAUUUGGAUUUGAAACAUCUGAAAUAAUUUCAUUUGCAAUGAUGUAGUGCACAAUUACUAAUAUAUAUUUCAGAACUGAUAUAAAGCACAUUGAAAAUGUUUGGAGGAUUUUAUUCCAUUAUAUCCAGCUAUCUGAAGAAGCUGAGAAUUGCAAUUAGGCUGAGUAUUUAAAAUACAACUUAGGACCAAUUUUCUAACUUAGUUUUAAUCAAACUAGAUUGAUCCAUUGCAGUAAAAUGGAAGUGUUUUAAUUUCUAAAAGCAGCUGCUUCAGCAUAAACUGGUAUUAUGCCAAAUUUUUCGAAUGUGUUUACAAAUUGUGAUAGCUUACUUUGUAGUUGAUUUUCAAAGUCAAAGUUUCUUUGGUUGCUUAACAUUUUAGCCAUCAAAGAAAAACUGCUGGAAAAAAAAAAAAAUCUGGAGACUAAGUAGAAGCGAAAUACUUUGUAAUGAAAAAGAGGCUGGUGAAACCAGAUCCCAUCAAAUGUCUUUUGGUUGCAUUCCCAGCUGAUUUAUUCACUUCAUUAACAAAAUGGGUUCAUGAUAUUUUGGAGUUAAUUAUCUUUAUGGUUUAAUUUUUCUUAUUUUAAU